ACAAACCUGCCGACUGACCGGUGUCCAGCGCCAUGCGAAACGCCCUCGGAUUGUGAUUUGGGGUUUAUAUUCCCCCUCCGCGCCGCGUCUUAACUCGUUUGACAGGAGGCGUAAAGAAGUGAUGGAGGUGAGCGGGGAUUCUUGGCGAGCGUACUACACUACGGGUCCGGAGCAUCCCCUCAGCGCGGCGACCUCCGCAGUCCUCGGGGUAGACGAUCAGCAGCCUCAGUCGCUCGUCACUGAUUAUUACAAGCUCCCCCCACUAGCUCAAGAUACUCAUCUCAGUCUCCAUAAGGAAGUAUGGCAGGCCGGCGGAGCGCUGAAGGCAGCCAAUGGGGCGCACGGGGCGGAGCUGGGCGAGCUGUCGGGCCUGCUCCACGCGGGCCUCGUGAAGCGCGAGCCCGAAGACCUGAGCCGCAAGGUGGUCGACGAGGCCGAACACGCGCUCAAGCCGCGACACAAGGUGGCGGUCGGUGACUCCGGCGAAGCUGCAUCGCCGUCCCCGGUGCCAUCCCGGGCCUCUUCCGCAGGCUCGCUUCUGCCGGACGCGGCAAUGUAUGCCGCCCAGAUGUUCGCCCCCCCGGGCACUCCCAGUCCGACACCUUAUGGUGACCAGUACCCCAGGCAGUCGACAACGUUUGCGGGAGAUCCCUAUUACAGAGAAUACUUUGUAGGGGAUGGGUACCAACAAAGAACUGCACCACCGUAUAGUGAUACUGAAUCGACUUCGGCUUCCGCCUUUGGUGAUCGUUAUGCUUCAGCACCACGAUACCACAGCAAGAGUGUGAUCGCAGCUGCUGGCCUCACUGUUGAUCUGCCCUCACCGGACAGUGGCAUCGGAGCCGAUGCUGUGACUCCCCGAGAUCACACAGCUGUUCAGCAGUCGUUCGAGUAUACAGUAAUAUGCCAGCAGCCUGGUAUGGGUGAAGACGGACGAGGCACCCCCGCGGCGCACCACUCUCCCGCACAAGCGCCUCGUACGAGGCCAUGGCACGACUUCGGCAGGCAAAACGAUGCUGAUAAAAUACAAAUAGCUAAAGUGUUUUCACCGUAUGGAUUCAAAUAUCACUUAGAGACAGCGAGCAGUAGUUCACAGAGGCGAGAGGAUGAUCGAAUAACAUAUAUCAAUAAGGGUCAGUUCUAUGGCAUCACGUUGGAAUACGUACACGAUCCCGAUAAACCACUGAAGAAUCAAACGGUUAAGAGUGUAGUUAUGCUUAUGUUCCGGGAAGAGAAAUCCCCUGAAGAUGAGAUUAAGGCGUGGCAGUUUUGGCAUGGAAGACAACACUCGGUUAAACAAAGAAUAUUAGACGCCGAUACAAAGAACAGCAUCGGUCUAGCGGGGUGCAUAGAGGAGGUCGCCCACAAUGCCAUCGCCGUCUAUUGGAAUCCCCUUGAAAGCGCUGCCAAAAUAAAUAUUGCCGUACAGUGUUUGAGUACGGAUUUCAGCAGUCAAAAGGGUGUUAAGGGUUUACCACUUCACAUUCAGAUUGACACUUUUGAAGACCCAAGAGACACACAAGUUUAUCAUCGGGGUUACUGUCAAAUUAAGGUUUUCUGUGACAAGGGUGCUGAAAGAAAAACAAGAGAUGAAGAAAGAAGAGCAGCAAAAAGGAAAAUGUCAGCAACAAAUAGAAAGAAGCUUGAUGAAAUCUACCAUCCAGUUACGGAACGAAGCGAAUUUUAUUCGAUGGCGGAUUUAACCAAACCACCUGUAUUGUUCAGUCCAGCUGAGGAUAUCGAUAAACUGGCUGGAAUGGAUAUUCAGGGUUUUUAUGGACACGAUGAAGCGGCUCUUGCCGAAGCUCAUCUUAAAGGCGCGUCGCCCUUCUUGCUGCAUGCAGCAAAGCCUCAGGCACCAGCACUUAAAUUUCACAACCACUUCCCACCAGAUGCACCUGCGUAUCGAUCUGACGUCGGUGGACUGUCGCCAUAUAGCGAUCGUAAGGAUUCCUUAGAACUAGAAGGGGUAUUAGGCAAAAGAGCGCGCACCUCCACGCCGCCGCUCAGCGAGCGCGUGAUGCUGUAUGUACGCCAGGACACGGACGACGUAUACACGCCUCUUCACGUGGUUCCACCCACGACACAGGGUCUUCUGCACGCUGAUUACGGCCAAAAUUGACGAUGAAAUGCUGGCGUACUAUUGUAACGAGGAUUUGUUCCUGCUGGAGGUGCGGCCGGCGGGGUCCAGCGAGGAUGAGCCUCUUUACGAUAUCACAUUCGUAGAGCUGCCUUUAGAGCACUAGUUUUCCAUCAAUCUUCGCCUUUCACCUCUACCAAGUGAUGACAAGAACGAUCCCAUCAUUCGUGUUAACGUUCGCCAGGUUGUAGUGCUCUUUAAGUCUCACAGUUUGUUUGUGGCGAACUAAAAAUGUACUUUUUACAUUCCAAGUUUUACACUCACUAUUAAGAAUAAGGUUGUCUCAAGAAGUCGUCGAUCUCAGAUUGAAAUUUACUUAUAAGAGGUUCAUCACCAUAACACUCAUCAUAAUGAACGAAUGUCACAAAUAAUGGUUGAACGUUUUGUACCGCGUGAGAAGCGGGACUGCCUUGUAUAUAUCUCUUAGUGCCUUAUGAAAUUACACAGAAAUAAUGGUGAUGGCUUAUACAUUUUAUAUAAAUAUCACGGAAGUUAGUGACUAAAAAUGUUGUUGAGAAAUUAUAAUAAAUUGCUGUUGAAGUUUAAACGUGUGUGCCAUUCAUCUGUUAUCAUUCUAGAUUUAUGUAGUUAUCGUUUCAACAGGUACCUUUUUAUCUUGCCAUGAUGAUAAAGUAAGAAAUUCUUGUCACAAAAGUGUUUGUAGGUAUAUCACCUACAAAUUGUAAAAUGCAUAAAGUAUCUUUGUCAUAAUAAUAAUGUUUUAUCCUUUAAUAUAAGUGAGUUAAGUCAAAUUAAAUGCCAUCCACUUUUUUAAGAUUUAUGAGAUAAGUUUGCUUUAUAAGCUCGCUCAAUUCAUGCACUUAGGUAAAGAAUAGUGUUAGAAUUAGUUCGAACACAAAUUGUUUCCGUGUUAAAGGCGCUGUGACUAAUACAUAUUCAUUAAUUUUUUAAAUUAAAUGAAUUUUAUUACAAUUAUAAUCACAUAGUAUCUAAUUACAUAGUGAUUAACAUGAAGGUGUGAUUUAUUCAAAAUCAUUACAAAAUACCUGAAUUCCGAAUCCUAAUUAAAAAUUAAAAGGGUACUGAUUAAUAAAAUAGUAAAUGGAAUCAAUAAAACGAAUUAUAAUUUUAAAUGAGUCUUAGCCGCCAUUUUGCAUAAUUUACAAUGCUUAUGUAGUAGUCAUUUAUAUGUGGUCACAAGUCGUCCAUCAGAACAGAAUUAACAUUUUCAUCGACGGGAGUGGUUUGUGUACAAUCUACUUAGAGUUAUAUAUCAUUUUAUUAUACAUAAUAGUUUUCUGUCAUUAGUGAACUCUCGGGCCAUGACAAUAUUAUUAAAAUUUAUUUUUUGUAUGAAUCUCAUUUACUUAAACUAAACUUAUUGUUUGUGUUUAAACAUCUUAUUUAAAAAUAAUAUACCUAUCUGUUGCUCUGUUUGUCGCAAAAUUCUAUAUUAAGUUUUGUCCACCGAUUUACUAUCCAAAAUUCAGAACCAGGUUCUGUUUGUUUGAAAGAUUGGUCGCAGACAAAGUCGCCCAAGACGUAAUUUUAAGUGAAGUGCCUAGUGCGGACGGUUCGACUAACUGCCAUAUUAUGACAUAGUUUAUAGUACUUAAUGAUUUAGUUUAGUAUUUUAUACUUAAUUGUUUUAUUGUCACACGUGUUGCAGGUAGAAAAUCGAAUUAUAAUUAAGAUUAUGCUAUUUACGUAUUUCUGAGAAAUUUUAUUGUGAUGCGCUGCGAUAGCGUUGUGACUGUUUUCGUCCUGCGCCUCAUCGAUAUCUUCCAUAUCAUUUACUUAUUAUAAUAUAAUCUUAUCACUCGUUAAUGUCUAACCACUAUGUUUAUAAUGUUUAAAUCUCUCUAUAAAUUUUAUAAUUUUAUGCAUUGCAUUGCUCAAAGUCUGCAUUUACCUUAUACGCGGGGCGGACUCUAACAUUAUUAUAUUAUACCUACUUAUACGUAUCGAUGUAAUAUUUAUUUAUGUACUUAUUAUUAUAAAUUGUGCAGCUUUAAUGUUUAAACUUACAAUGAUGUUAGAUCGUGAUUCUGAAUCUCGUCAUAAGUCACAAACGUCAGUAGCAAUAAAGUACGUAAAUCAGUUGUAGUAGGUAGUUAAAUGGGCGUGUCCUCGCGGUGUCGCAGCCUGCGCCGCUCGGUGUCGUUGUGCAAUGAUUAUGUUUAUCGGAGUAAUCUAUCAUUUGUUCAAGCUCUCGCGGACUCAAACAGCGCCAGCUUUAGCUAAGAAUUUGCAAAACGCGGAAUAUUUUCAAACAGCCUUGGAUUUAUUAACUUUUAAGACAUUAUAAUCAUUCAUCAAAACCUAGCUUUGUUUGAGUCGCUUGACCUUAUAUUUUUUGUUGUGUCCACAACGUUGUUCGCAAGCGAUUCUAAAAAUCAUUUUAUGUUUGUCCAUAAAAAUUACAUUUCAAAACAAAUGUGAGCUGUAUUGGUCUGUGCUUUGAGACAUUCUCCUAUAUUAUUCCCGUAUAUUUUAUUGCAAAUGUUAUACAAAUAUAGUUUAUUUGUUUCCCUCUUGAUGAGAAUCGCUAGCGAGCAGCAGUGCGGGCGCAAGAGCUCUAUACUGGCGCAAAGCGCGGGGCGGCGCACGGCGCACGGCGCUCGGUGUGACGUCGCGCGGGCUCGCCGCCUCGUGGAGAUAGUCACACUAGUUAUACUUACCGAAAGUGGUAGCACAUUUUCGUUAUUGAUUUUAAUGUACUUAAUUUUAAAAUUU